UCCAUCUCCCCAGAGACAACCUUCUCCCUUUUAGGUGCCUUCAAUCCAAAAAAAAAGCUGUCCCAAAGUUUUCUUCUCUCCCAUCAUCUUCUCAUUUCUCUUCUUAAUCCAUCCAUUUCAGCUUUCAAAGUUGUCAUCUUCCCAUUAAGAAAUUCCAUCUCCUCUUAAAGCUAGCCGAUCUCUGUGUUGGUAUUAGAAUACCCCUUCUAACCUUUCCCCGGCAAAAACUCCAAUUCUUUUAUCUGGUUUUAAUGGCAGAGGUGGAGAUCCCAUGUUACUUCCUUUGCCCUAUAUCUCUCGAACUUAUGAGAGAUCCAGUCACCCUCCCCACCGGCAUCACCUACGAGCGCGACAGCAUCGAGCGGUGGAUAUUCUCCGGCAAGCACAACACAUGUCCGGUGACCAAACAGUCCCUACCGGAGUGCGAGCUCACCCCGAACCACACUCUCCGGCGACUAAUCCAAGCAUGGUGCGCUCUCAACUCGUCGAACGGCAUCGAACGGUUCCCGACACCAAAGCCGCCGAUCGACAAGGCCCAGAUCGCCAAGUUCAUCGACGAUGCCAAGCUGCCUCAUUUGCAGCUCGCUUCCCUUCGAAAGCUCAAAGAGGCUGCAUCCGAGAGCGAGAGGAGCAAGCGGUGCGUCGAGGCUACUCCCGGCGUGCUCGACUUCUUGGCUUCCAUCGUUAAGAAGAACUGCUCCACUCCAGGUGAAGAGGGAAUGUUGAUCCGCCAUGGUGUGGAGUCUACUACUGCUUGUGAUGAAGCUCUUAGCAUUCUUUGCUUGCUUCAAAUCUCCGAGCAGCGCCUUCUCGACUUCGCCGUCAACAACGAGGACCUCAUCGAGUCGUUAACAUCCGUUUUGCGGCAAUCAAACUACCAAUCGCGUGCCUACGCAACAUUACUCCUCAAGUCCAUGCUUGGAGUGAUUGCACCGGCCAAGUUGGCCGGUGUUAGAGAAGAACUCUUCCAAGAGAUCGUCGAUGUGCUUCAUGAUCGGAUUUCGCCCCAGGCUGACAAAGCAGCACUGCAAGUCCUUGCUGGGCUUGGUCGAUGGGGAAGGAAUCGAAUCAAGGCAGCUAAGGCUGGUGCUGUGCCAGUCCUAAUCGAGCUGCUGCUUGAUGAGCCGGAGAAGAGAGUAUGUGAAUUGGUGCUUGUGGUUCUGGACUGGGUUUGCGGGUGCGCCGAAGGGAGAUCGGAGCUGGUCGGCCAUGCGGCAGGCAUCGCAAUUGUGUCGAAGAAGAUACUAAGGAUUUCAGAGCUGGCGAGCGAGAGGGGGGUGAGGAUAUUGAACUCGGUGGCGAAGUUCUCGGCGACCCCAGCUGUUCUUCAGGAGAUGCAGCAGAUUGGAGUGGUGUCCAAGCUGUGCUUGGUGCUCCAAAUGGAUUGUGGGAUGAAGACCAAGGAGAAGGCUAAGGAGAUCCUUAGGUUGCACUCAAGGGUCUUCCAGAAGUCACCUUGUUUGUCUCCUCGGUUCCUUAUUUCGUAUCCUUCUUCAUGAUAGAUAGAUGAAAAGAUUAGGCUAUAGAGGGAGGCUAGUCCAAAUUUAUGUACAUGAUCAUUGAUUCAGUGGGCCUAAAUUCAUGCCCCUAAAGGCGGAAACAACACUCCGAGAAAUGUUUUCCAUCCUUUAAUUAAUGGUAUAUAUACUUUGUAA